GAGUGAUAGGCGGUGGAGUGAAGAGUGUGCGGAAUGAAAGAAGAGAAAGAGAACAAGGGGCGUGAGCGGCGAGUGGAGAUCCAGUUCAGAGACAGAGAGGAAGGGGAGAAACGCAAAGAGAAAGAUGAAAAAAAGGAGGUGCUCACUAAGGUAGUGAUUCGGCGUUUACCUCCUACUCUGACUAAAGCUCAGCUAGAGGAACAACUGCAUCCACUACCAACACAUGACUAUUUUGAAUUUUGUGCUGCUGAUAUAAGCCUGUAUCCCCACUUGUUCUCUCGAGCUUACAUCAAUUUUAAAAAUCCUGAUGAUAUAAUUCUCUUCAGAGACCGAUUUGAUGGAUAUAUCUUCAUUGAUAAUAAAGGUCAGGAAUACCCAGCUGUGGUUGAAUUUGCACCGUUUCAGAAAAUUUCUAAAAGGAAACUGAAAAAGAAGGAUGCGAAAUCUGGGAGCAUUGAGGAAGAUCCUGAAUACAAGAAGUUUUUGGAAAGUUACUGUGCAGAUGAGGAGAAAAUUGCAGCCAAUCCAGAGACGCUUCUGGGAGAGAUAGAGGCAAAGACCAGAGAACUGAUUGUGGGUACAGACCAAUUCCUAACACUGGAGAAUGUCUAUAGCCAGGAACUUAAAGGUGUAAGCAGAACUUGGAAGCAGCUGCGUGUCUACAAGAACACAGCCAGGAGAACCACACCACUUCUGGAGUAUAUUAAAAACAAGAAGCUUGAAAAACAGCGAAUCAGAGAGGAGAAAAGAGAAGAGAGGAGAAGGAGGGAACUGGAGAAAAAACGUUUGAGAGAGGAAGAAAAAAGAAAACGUAGAGAGGAAGAAAGGCGUAAAAGGAAAGAAGCAGAAAAACAGAAAAAAAUAGCAGAGAAGGAAAGAAAAGAAGAAAUAAAAAUUAAGUUAUUAAAAAAGGCUGAUAAAGAGGAGGAACAAGACUCAGACAAACGGAAGGAAAAAACUGAGGAUGGUGACAAUGGAAAAGGAAAAUGGGAAAAAUCGUGUUGCCCAGGCAACCUGCAAGGAAAACGGCCAGAGAUUUCGCAGAAGGAUGUCAAAGAUAAACAGCCAAACGAUAGUGAUAGAGAACGUAGGGAGAGGGAACGGGAAAGAAGAUUAAGGGAAAAAGAACGAGAACGAGAGCGACAGAGGCGGCGUGAGGAUGAGCGCAGAAAGCAAAAAGAGCGUUAUGAAGUAGAGAGGGCUAUGAGAACAAAAGAAGAAGAAACAAAAAGAGGGAAAGACCAUGGACAGGAAAGAGAAAAGAAGGGAGACAGCCUGAGCUACAUGUUCAGUACUGAGAAAAUAGAAAAACUGGGUAAAGAAGACAAAAAUGAUGACAUGGGAUCUAAAAGGGAGCGGAUAAGGAAUAAGUCAUCACAGGUCAUCGAAGUGGAUGUGCUAGUACCAGACCUUGAUAAUUCAUCGACAUUGAAUGAUGAUCAAUACAAGCAGAUACAGAAUCACCAGAUUAAGCAGGACCGUCCAGCUAUGCAGUUGUAUCAACCUGGAGCACGCUGCCGAACUCGUCUAGGAUCUGGUGGGAAAGCAUUUGACUAUUGCAGUAAAUCCUCUGAAGACAGCGCUGAGAGAAAAUAUGAAGAUGAUAGUUCUGUUGGAGCUGGUUCUGAGAAGAGUUGUGAAGAAUGAAAAAGCACUUAUUAUGAUGAUCACUUGAGCAGAACACUGUUAUUACAGCAUGAAGACAGAUUACUGCACCAAGCGUCACAAUGUAUAAAGGUCAUCUCGGUGCUGAUUGCGUUAUCUGGUAUUAUUAAUAAAAGUACUGUAAUUUAUUGUUAACAAUUUGUCAACUAUAGGUCACCCAGAUUAGUAAUGUAGAUAAAAGAUUGGCUUUAUUUAAGUGAAAUAUCAUAAAGCAAACUAAAUUCAACUUUGCGCCACUUAUGUGAAGUAGUAUUCAAAUUUGCUGAUGGUAGUAGUUGUGAAUUAUAGCACCAGUUAUUUAGGAUGGCUUUGUUAGACAGGUUACAGAAUGUAUACUAAGAUUUGGACUCUGGUAGAAUGUUAGCUUUUAGAUUAUCCUGGUAACAGCAGGAAUUUACUGAAGUUGGACAUAUGAUUCAGGUGCCCAUUCUUCCCAAUUAAAUAUGGAUCUACUUAAGCAAACUUAUGACAGUUUCUCAAUACUUGUGACAUAUGAGAACACAAAGGGUGGGGUUAUGUUGUUUUCCUGUUGAUGUGAAAUGACUUUUGGUGUGUAUUGAUGCAACAGUAGUAAUACAACUCUGGCAUCAGAUCUUGAUCUGACUCUGGAACAUACUGAGAUGCCAAUCUGUACUGAUCUAAACACAUUUGCUGAAUUAUACCUUCCACCUAGUAUAAUUAGCAUUUAAAACUACAUGGGUAGUCAAAAACAUCACUAUUUGUCUAAGCACAAAUACCUACUACUACUUCGUGACUGAUCUCAAAAUAGCCCACAGGGAUACAUUUUUAGCAAUAUAAACUACACUUCAAUUUCACAUACACCAAUGUGAGAUCAACAACUGAAAUUUUACUUCAGCCUAAGAUUCACAAUCAGUUUUAAGCCUUUGGAAGAGAUUGGUGUAGAAGAUGGAAAAAUGUUUGAACUGGCAGAUUAUUUGAAUUUCAUGAUUCUUUUGUGGUGCAAAUAUGGAAAGACAUACACAAGCACAAGUUCCAUCUUUGGUACAAGCAGGUUAAUAUUUUGAAAUACAUUUUUCAACAUGACUGAAACAACGGAAAUGGUAACUUUAGAACUUUGUUCGGAUAAGAUUGCAUUUAAUUGCUCCGCAUUCAUCUUUAGCACUACUGAAAUGCCAUCACAGUUCACCUUGUUGCUGCUUUUAUGCAAUGUCUGGAAUGCUUAGAUUUCAUUUGGCAGUGUAGAGUUUGUAUUAUCAAAUUAGAAAUUUGAAAGUUUGUUGGAAUUCUAUUUUCAAUAUCACCCAACUUGUAUUCAUGUUCUAUUGUUUCAUCAGCAACAAUGGCAAUACAGUCAAACAUAGUGUUGUUUAUUAGUAAAUUUCUAACUGAACGACUGACUUGCACUGCUGUUUUAGGGUGUAAAUAUGUCAUAUGUAAAUUAUUUGAUCCAUUAUGGACAUUAAUUUAUUGUUUGAUUCUUGACUUAGAUGUAUCUGUGAAAUAAUUAAAUA